GUAACCUUAAGAUGGCGGAGACGGAGGAGGAGGUAGAUGUCUUGGUCCAGAGAGUUGUAAAAGACAUCACCAACGCCUUUAAAAGAAACCCCAACAUUGAUGAAAUCGGUGUGAUUCCAUGUCCAGAGGCCCGUUACAACCGUAGCCCCAUUGUACUGGUGGAGAAUAAGCUUGGUGUUGAGAGCUGGUGUGUCAAGUUUCUGCUGCCAUAUGUGCACAAUAAACUGCUACUGUACCGCCAGCGCAAACACUGGUUGGACAGGGAAGCUUUAGUGGAUAUCACAUGCACUCUACUGCUGCUGAAUCCAGACUUCACUACAGCGUGGAAUGUCAGAAAGGAGCUGCUACAAUGUGGAGUCCUGAAUCCAGAGAAAGACCUGUACCUGGGCAAGCUGGCUCUCACCAAGUUCCCAAAGAGCCCGGAGACAUGGAUCCACCGGCGUUGGGUGUUACAGCAGAUCAUGCAGCAGUUCUCAUCCGUGAGUCGCAACAGGAAGAAGCAGCAUCAGGCCGAAGGUGAACAGGCGGAUCCUGAGAGGAUCCAACAGAUCAGGGACCAACUGGCCAGGACGCUCCACCAGGAGAUGAAGGUGUGCAGUGACGCCUCCUGCCGUUACCCUAGCAACUACAACGCAUGGUCUCAUCGUAUCUGGGUGCUGCAGCACAUGGCCAAAGGCAAUGUCAAGGUUUUCCAUGAUGAGCUGUCGUCUAUGCGCCUUUGGGUGUCCAUGCACGUGUCCGACCACAGUGGCUUCCAUUACCGCCAGUUUCUGAUUAAGGAGCUUAUCAAUGAGCUCUCCCAAACCCCGGCCCCCGGUUCACCCCAGCACCGCUCCAGCUCAGUCCACAGCGGUUCACACUCCUACAGCUGCAGCCAAUCCAACGGGGAGCUGCCGGUGGCCGAGGCGGCGGCAGCUGAAGACGCCGACAGGCAGCUCAGCUUCACUACUGUACUUCAGGUCUUCCACCAGGAGAUGGAGCUGUGUUCAGACCUCAUUCAGUCUUUUCCUGGACACGAGGCUCUCUGGUGUCACAGGCGACAUGUCUUCUACCUGUGGCAUCACUGGAGGCGGGAACACCAGCAGAACCUCAACGGCAGCAGUAACAGCGCCACUGAAACGGUCCUCGUCAACAGCAGUGACCCGGGUUCGCCCCCGUCCGGCGGUGGGGUGGGGGAGGGGCCGAGCGCGGACAGACCGGGCCACGCCGCCGAAGCCAUGGACGAAGACAGGGCGUUGCUACCGGAGCCACGAGACAGCAAACGGCUGAAGAGAGGCGUCCUGAUGCCCGGGACCCCGACCCUGUCCACCGAGCACAACUUCGUGAGCAGCGUCCUGGACGGCUGCUGUAACCUCGAGCAGAGACGCUUCGCCCAGGCGUACAGGAAGUGGUUAGACACUGUCAUUGGUCAACAGCUUUGAGAGCAACAGGAGCCACAUCCUCUGUCAAUAUUAAAGUUGCCUUUAGACACAGAUUUAGGAUCCGCUUUCCUACCUGUAGUGCUGACUCAUAGUACGUCAGAUGCAGUGAUGAGUUGGAAACAGUCAUGGGGCGUUUCAGUUCAAAACACAGUUCUCUGGACAGUGAGUAGAGGUGGAGGUGGUGGUGGUGGUAUGGGGGGGGAUCAGUGCCACCCAAUCUGUUCUUCCCCAAAUCUCCAUAAGCUUCGUCUGAGCCAGGUCUGCUACAGAAUGGAAAUCUACCCACACAUCGACUCCUCAUGUGUGUGUUGUGUUUUUCAGCGCCUUAGGUCAAGUUUGGACUUUUCUGAAAUUGCUGGAUUUUCAGUCACGAUUGUUCCGUGUUUAAUUCAGCAGCAAACUAAAUAAAGCACCACAAGAAGUGAAA